AUGGGUUGUUGUGUAAGCGCCACCCACGGCCGUGGAACUUCGACAAAGAGCCAGAAUUUUCAAGUGGGAUCUGAGCCUUUGAAGCCCAAGUCAACUCUUGAAAGUAGAGCUCCACCUCCUUCUGUUGAAGAAGAAACCGUUAAGGAAGUCCUCUCUGAAAUUCCUAAACUCAAACCACCGCCAACACCACCACUGCAACUACCUCAACUUCUACAACCGAUCAAGAAUGAGCAGAAGGAAAUCCACCUUCAAGAAACUAACAAGAAGAAAAUCCACAUUGAGCCACCGUUUCUUGAUGAGAAGAUCGAACCUAAUAGGAAGAAGAAUGAGUUCAUUUUCCAAGAAGAAGAGAUCUCUGAACAAUUGUCAGAAGUCUGUAGCUUGAGCUGCAGCGAGACCGUGUCAACUACGACAUUCAACAAUGACAAAAGGGAUGAUGCUGAUGAUGACGAUGGAGAGGAAGUGAAGCAAAGAGCAAAGAAAUCUCCGGCAGCAAAAUUGGCUCCAAGAAACAGGGGAGUCUCAAGCGAUUUUGGCCCUAGGAGAGACAGAAUUGUGGGGAAGUCACCGGACAAAAGAAACAAUGCCAGUCGUACAGUGAGGUCGGUUCAAAGCAGGGAAUCGGUUAAUUACCAGGUGGGAAGGCGAGGGUUGAAUAGGCCCGAGGCAAAUGGGAGAGACCCAGGUGAGAGCUCCGGAAGGAGGUCCAGGUCACCUGCCACCACUAGAUCUACAAUGGGUCGUAGCCCGUCAUCAAGGAGAGUGAAUAGGUCUCCGAGUGGGGGAAGAACGAAUCUCCCCCAGAGCGGUGGCAUCAUGGACAUGGAGGGAAAGUGGCCAAGCACUUCAACUACAAAUGAUACUACAACAAAUGAGUCACUCGAAAACCCACUUGUUUCUCUUGAAUGUUUCAUCUUUCUAUGA